CAAAUCAUCAACUAACAUCAUUUCUACGUUUUUCGAGUUUACUCAAACUAUUGAUCUACCAUUUUCCACUGAAGAUAAGCUCAGAAGAAACUGCUAAGGCAAGCACCAGAGAGAUGCACAAUGUUCAUUUAGUUCAUUUACGGUUUCUGAAGCUCCAGAGAGAUACACGGCGAUCAUAUCUAUAAUUUUUCCCAUAUUCCAUGGAAUCUGUAUCAGUAUUGUUGAUUCUGCUAACAGCGUGGUCAGCGAGGGCAACGAAUACUCCACCCCCUCUGCCCGUUCUACCGCUUCCGUCAGCGCAGCAGUUGAAAUGGCAGUUGGGCGGCAUGGCGAUGUUCUUCCACUUCGGCAUCAACACCUUCACAGACAGCGAGUGGGGAACGGGCCAAGCAGAUCCCUCGCUCUUCAAUCCGGGCUACCUGGAUGCCAGACAGUGGGUGAGGGUCGCCAAAGAAGCCGGCUUCCGCCGCGUCAUCCUGACAGCUAAACACCACGACGGCUUCUGCCUCUGGCCCUCCGCUUACACCAAUUACUCUGUCAAGAGCAGUACCUGGAAAGGGGGUAAUGGUGAUGUGGUUGCUGAGUUGGCAGCGGCCGCCAGGGAGGCAGGGAUAGGGCUUGGUCUAUAUCUGUCCCCCUGGGACCGUCACGAGGCCUGUUAUGGUGACACCCUGCGGUAUAACCAGCAUUACUUGGCUCAGAUGCGCGAGCUGCUUACCAGGUAUGGGCCCAUACAGGAGAUAUGGUUGGAUGGGGCCAAGGGGAAGGAUGCCAAGUUCAUGGAAUACUACUUUAAAGAAUGGUUUAGUGUGAUUCAUCAGCUGCAGCCAGGGGCUGUCAUUUUCUCUGAUGCAGGUCCUGACAUCAGAUGGGUGGGUGAUGAGGGUGGAGUAGCUGGUGCUACAUGCUGGUCCAUGUUUAACAGCAGUGAUGUGACAAUAGGUGGUGAUUUAGAUGAGCAAUAUUCUCGCCAAGGUGAUCCAGAUGGUUCUAAUUGGGUACCUCCAGAAUGUGAUGUGUCUAUAAGACCUGGUUGGUUUUGGCAUGGUUCACAGCAGCCUAAAACAGCAACUUCUUUGUUGGAAAUAUUUUACAAAUCAACGGGGAGAAAUUGUAUGCUACUGUUGAAUGUUCCACCGAAUAGCACAGGUCUUCUUGCUUAUGAAGAUGUCCAAGUGCUUCAUAAUUUUAAAGAUAUUCUGAACUCAAUAUUUUCUGUCAAUUUAGCUCAAAAUGCUAUUAUCACAGCAAGUAGUGUCCGUGGAAAUGAUUUCCAAUUUGGAGCAAGCUGGAUUCUUGUUGAUGAUAUUUUUACGUACUGGGCCCCUGAUGAGGGACAGGAAAAAUGGCAUCUACAUAUAGAUUUGAGAAGGGUUAUUUCCUUCAAUGUAUUAUGCUUACAGGAAGCAAUCCAAUUGGGACAGAGAGUGAGUCGAUAUCACCUGGAUGUUCUAGAAGACGGAGUGUGGUGCACUGUAAUGAAUGGUAGCACAGUUGGAUAUAAAAAGUUGGAACGUUUUAGCCCUGUUAGCUCUCAGUUUUUGAGACUUACGAUAGAUGAGGCUCGAGCUGACCCACUGAUUGCCUUCUUUGGUCUAUACAUGGACAACACAAGUAUUGUUUACGCAAAUGACAGCAGUAAAGCAAUUUCAAUUUCAGGAGGCACACUAACCAAAAUAAAUCUUACAACAUUGGAUGGAAAAAUACAAUCAGUUUCUGGAAAUUUGAGCAUGAAUAGUGUACUAACAUCAUAAUUAUUCAGGUGACUAUUUUCUGUACUGGAGUCAGUAAAUGGGUAAUCAAGAUUUAUUAAUUGCUGAGUUGUGGAGGCAGUAGAAGGGAGAUAAGCAGAGAAUGUGGAGAGCAUCUUUGUGAGAAAUAAAGGGAGAUGUAGAUGAUUCGGGGAAGUUUGACAGUUUCAACUAUUCUGAAUUAGCGAGAAAUAAUUGCUGCCAUAUUUAAAUUGGAGCUUUAGGCUAUGGUGGAGAGCAUCUUUGUGCCAAUUGUUGGGCGCAAUCGGCAUGGUGUGUAGGACUGUCUGUAACAAUUGCGGGCUAAGCUACAAAUACUGGUGUAUAGAUUUAUUUCUAACGACUGCGGACUCAGCUGCAGAUUGAACAUGUUGACUUGGCAAGACACUCCUAUCUUCUUCUCCACCAUACUCCUUUCUUUAUAAAUUAGUAUGAUAAUUUUCAUGCUCGUUUCUAUGUCA